GGAAAUCCUGCAGAUUUCUUGCCUGUGUUGAAUUGGUUUGGAGGGUAUGAGAAGAAGGUGAAGAAGCUUGGGGAAAAGAUGGACAGAUUGUUGCAAAAGUUGAUAGAUGAGCACCGAUAUAAGAAGCUGGAAAAUAAUAAUAAUAUAUAUAAUAGUACGAUCGAUCAUCUUCUUAACUUGCAACAAUCUGAUCCUCAUUACUAUACUGAUGAAAUAAUCAAAGGGCUUAUGUUGGUGCUAAUAUUUGCAGGAACUGAUACAUCAGCAGUGACCUUAGAAUGGGCAAUGUCCAAUUUGCUAAACCAUCCAGAAGUAUUGAGGAGGGCUAAAGCUGAAAUAGACAGUGAGAUAGGGGAAGAAAAUCUGAUCGAUGAAUCGGACCUCCCAAAGCUGAAAUAUCUUCAAAGUAUUAUACAUGAGACACUUAGAUUAUACCCUGCAGUCCCUCUUCUGCUCCCACACGUGCCAUCUAGUGAUUGCACCAUUGGUGGAUACGAUGUUCCGCGUGGCACGAUCGUGUUGGUAAAUGCAUGGUCUAUUCAUAGGGAUCCAAAUUCAUGGGAGGACCCAACAAGUUUCAAGCCAGAGAGAUUUGAGAAUGAUGAGAAAUUAGGGGGAGAUGAUGAUUUAGGGACUCACAAGCUAAUGCCAUUUGGGUUAGGAAGAAGGGCAUGCCCAGGAGCAGGGCAAGCUCAAAGAGUGGUGGGGUUAACCUUAGGAGCAUUGAUUCAAUGCUUUGAGUGGGAAAGGAUUGAUGGCAAAGUGAUUGAUAUGGUUGAAGGAAGAGGAGGCACCAUGCCUAAAGCUCAUCCGUUGAAGGCUUUGUGCAAAGCUCGCCCCAUUGUGUAUAGAACGUUUUAUACUAAUUAGUUUGUAGGGUUUUUU